GCAGCAGCCAGCCCAGCUAUGCGGCCCAUGUUUAGAGAGACUCCUUGGGACCAGGCAUCCGCGGAACAGUCUGUUUCUGUUCAAUUUAGAGGGGUUAUCGCACGCCGUUCUUCCCGCUAGGCAGUACGUAUUUUUCACAGCUCCAUUGGGACUAACAGAGGUGAAAGGAAGAGUUGGAGCAUAACACCUCGUCAGAAUCAUGGGACAAACUGGGACAUCAUCUUUCCGCUUCUGCACUCUUCAACUCACAGUGUUGUUGGCAGUUUUUUCAUCUGAAAUUACAUUUGUUACAGCGGUGAAUUCAAACCCAAGCCUCGGAACAAACUCUUCCAUUGGCAACCAGACUAACAAGAAAUGUGAUUCAGUGGGUACUGAAUGCAAAGUGGGUGUCAUUCUGCCCAUAUGGUUACCAGAGAACCCAUCCUUUGGAGAUAAACUGGCAAGAGCCACAGUUUACUUUGUGGCCUUGUUUUACAUGUUCCUGGGGGUCUCUAUCAUUGCGGAUCGCUUCAUGGCAUCCAUCGAGGUAAUUACAUCACAAGAGAGGGAGAUCACCAUCAAGAAACCAAAUGGUGAAAAAGUGACAACCACUGUGCAUGUAUGGAACGAGACAGUGUCCAACCUGACCCUUAUGGCCCUGGGUUCCUCCGCCCCGGAGAUCCUACUGUCCGUCGUUGAGGUGUGCGGUCACAACUUUGACGCAGGUGAUCUGGGCCCGAACACCAUCGUUGGUAGUGCUGCCUUCAACAUGUUCGUUAUCAUUGGAUUCUGUGUUUCUGUCAUUCCCGAUGGAGAGCACCGGAAAGUCAAACAUUUGAGGGUAUUUUUUGUUACCGCCACCUGGAGUAUAUUCGCGUACACCUGGCUUUAUCUCAUCUUGGCUGUCAUCUCUCCGGGCAUCGUACAGGUGUGGGAGGGCCUUGUCACACUGUUCUUUUUCCCGUUGUGUGUAGGGAUGGCUUACGUUGCGGAUCGCAGACUUCUUGUCUAUAAGUACAUGUACAAGCGCUACCGCGCAGGGAAGCGAAGAGGGGUGAUCAUUGAGAUGGAAGGGGAGGCUCAACUUCCUUCAAAGAUGGACAUUGAAAUGGAUGGGAAAAUGCUCAACUCAGAGGGCUUCAUGGACGGAGCGAUGGGUUUUGAUGAGAAGGACCUGGAUGAGGAGGAGGCCAGGAAGGAAAUGGCCCGGAUCCUGAAAGAACUGAAGCAGAAGCAUCCAGAGAAGGAGACAGAGCAGCUGAUAGAACUGGCCAACUACCAGGUACUGACACAGCAGCAAAAGAGUCGCGCCUUCUACCGAUGCCAGGCUACCAGGAUCAUGACGGGAGCAGGGAAUGUACUGAAGAAGCAUGCAGCAGACCAAGCCAGGAAAGCUGUUGGUGCGUACGAGAUCCGCUCCGAAGUUUCGGAGAAUGACUUUUCGUCAAAGGUCUUCUUUGACCCCGGUACAUACCAGUGCUUGGAGAACUGCGGUACAGUGGCCUUGAAUGUAGUACGCCUUGGUGGGGACUUGACUAACACCGUUUCAGUGGAAUACCGUACCGAAGACGGCACAGCCAAUGCCGGCUCGGACUACAAGUUCACUGAGGGCGUUGUGGUGUUCAAACCUGGUGAGACUGAGAAGGAGAUCCGGAUAGACAUCAUUGACGAUGACAUCUUUGAGGAGGAUGAGCAUUUUCUGGUCCACCUUAGCAGCGUGAAGGUCAUAUCCGAGGGCACUGGCUACGGACAACCAAGGGCUAAUCACGUGGACACUUUGGCGGGCCUUGGCCUACCCUGCUCAGCUACUGUGACUAUCUUUGACGAUGACCAUGCCGGGAUCUUUACUUUUGAAGAACCGGUAAUGACCGUGAGCGAGAGUAUCGGCAUGAUGGAAGUAAAGGUUCUUCGUACCUCAGGAGCGCGGGGACUAGUGGUCGUACCCUACAAGACCAUGGAGGGUACAGCAAAAGGAGGGGGAGAAGACUUUGAAGAUACGCACGGAUCGCUGGAAUUCCAGAACGAUGAGAUCUUCAAAACUAUACAGAUCAAUAUAAUCGAUGACGAGGAAUAUGAGAAAAACAAGAACUUCUUCCUUGAGAUGGGAGAGCCUCAGCUGCUGGAGAUGAGUGAGAGGAAAGCUGUGUUGCUUCAAGAAAUUGGUGGAUUCGUGAAGACAGACAAAAAGCUUUAUGGCAGGGACGUCUACCGGAAAGUGCAGGGUAGGGAUAACCCUGUCCCCGCCACCAUUAUCAGCAUUGCAGAGGAAGGGGACGAGGAAGCUCUCUCCAAGAAAGAGGAGGAGGAACGCCGCAUCGCUGAGAUGGGCCGGCCCACCCUCGGGGAGCACGUCAAACUGGAAGUUGUCAUCGAGGAGUCGUAUGAGUUCAAGAACACAGUGGAUAAGCUGAUUAAGAAGACCAACUUGGCUCUAUUGAUUGGAACCAAUAGCUGGAGGCAGCAGUUUAUGGAAGCUAUCACAGUCAGCUCUGGCGAUGAUGAUGAGGACGAGUGCGGCGAGGAGAAGCUGCCCUCCUGCUUUGAUUACGUCAUGCACUUUCUCACAGUCUUCUGGAAGCUCCUGUUCGCCUUUGUGCCGCCCACCGACUACUGGAACGGCUGGGCCUGCUUCGUGGUCUCCAUCAGUAUGAUUGGCCUGCUCACCGCCUUCAUUGGAGACCUGGCCUCCCACUUUGGCUGUACCGUGGGCCUCAAGGACUCCGUGACCGCCGUGGUGUUUGUGGCGCUCGGGACGUCUGUGCCAGACACGUUUGCCAGCAAGGUAGCUGCAAUCCAGGACCAGUACGCCGAYGCCUCCAUCGGCAACGUAACGGGCAGCAAUGCCGUCAACGUCUUCUUGGGGAUCGGCGUGGCCUGGUCCAUYGCCGCCAUCUACCACAAUUCCAAGGGCAACGACUUCCGGGUGGACCCGGGCACCCUGGCYUUCUCCGUCACCCUAUUCACCAUCUUCGCCUUUGUCGCCGUGGCCGUGCUCAUGUACCGGCGCCGACCUGAGAUUGGGGGCGAGCUGGGUGGGCCCCGGGGCCCCAAAAUUGCGACCACCUGUCUCUUCUUCAGCCUGUGGCUYAUGUACAUCGUAUUCUCCUCCCUGGAAGCGUAUUGCCACAUCAAAGGCUUCUAACUUCUCUAUAAAGAAUCUGAAAGCAAGAUUCAAAAAGCAAUAGCUUCUAGAGUCUUCAAAAGCUUCAGAAAGAUCUUCGAAAGCUUCUUAGUCUUUGAAAGCUUCUAUAAGGUCUUAUAAAGCUAUUCAAAAGUAUUUGAAAGCUUCUAAAAUAAAAUUGAAAGAUUUUUUGUCUUUGAAAGCAAAAAAAUAAAUAUAUAACCAUUU